AGUGCAGGAAUUCCAGGCAUGAGCCACUGUGCCUGGCCUCUAAUUUCUAUUACUAUUGUUUUUCAACUCAGCAGUUACUUGGAAAUUUUUAAAAUUUAAAAAUGCAUGGGAUUUUUGGUCUUUUUUUAAACACCGACUUCUAACCUACUUGAAUGCAGUUGGGUAACACAGCCUGUGUGACGCAGACUCUCUGCAGUCGGUCCCGACUUUCUUCACGGGCUGACGUGUGGCCUGCUUCUGCUCGUGCUCCGAGCGUGUCUGGGAAGCACACGUGUCCUGGCAGCAGACGAAGCGUGGGGGUGUUUCUCCCGACCCACGCCCGUGUGCACAAAUUCCGGUCGCCACUUCCUGUCUCCUUCACCCACCCGUUAUGGAAAGAGGCGUCAGGCUCUCCGUGGGGUGCAGACCCGGCAGCGUCUCUGUUUUGGCCCCGGUGUGCCAUGGGGUGGUGGUGUCUGCUACCUGCCGCCCCUUCCUCUUCCUGCCAAGCUGCUCCUGUGCCACGGGUGACUCUCUUUUCCCUCCAGCGAUUCUCGUUGCUGGUCCGGAGGCCGCAGCACAGGCCCGUGUGGCUCCCGUGGUGUUUGCCUUUUGCUUUCUGCUUUCCUGUGUCCUCAUGUUUGGUGGGGUAAACCUUAUAAAAAUGGUGGUGGUUUUUUUAAAAAAUAAACCAGCUCCACGUGGGAUUACUGCUGUCUCACUGACUUUUGUUUUUCAAAUAAAACACCUAUGUCCAUCAGAUCAUUUAGCCAUGUGUAACUACAGUUCCCCUUCCCUGAUAUUCAGCCAAGUGGAGCUUUGUUUAUCUCCUGGGACAAGACCCAGAGAAAAGAGCCAAGGUCACCGCAGCACCUUGUGGUCCUCGGGUCCGAGCCCCGGUGCUAGCGCUCAGCGCUGGGUGCGAGGCUUUUACUCCCGUGUCCCAGGAGCCAGGCUCUACGUCCAGGCUCAUGACUGGCUUUCCAGGCAGGACGCAGGGACAGGGAAGAAAAGCAAAUUGCAGAGUGGCGGUUGGCCUGUGUCCUGGUGCUCGUGGGCUGCCAUCUCACUGCUCAGGCCUGGCCUGCAGCCUGCCCAGCACACAAAGCCAGCUGCAUUUGGUACCAGACCACCACCAGCCUCUGCAGGUCACCGAGGUAUGGGGAGAGACAGGGAUGUGGGGAGCAGUCUGCUGUGCCCUGGGGAAGGCCUGGGACUAGACCCACAAGCUUCACUCUGGUGGCCUCAGGAGAGUUUUCUGACGGUGCCUGUGGUGUCUGGACCUGCAGUCAGCGAUGGUUCAGGAAUGCCAUUGAGGCUGUGUCUGGAGCUUCUGUGGCUUUCCCCGGGUUUGGGGCAGCAACAGAUGCUUCUGGAUUAAAUCUCCAGUUGUAGCCACUGGAAGCCAAGGACGCCCAGUGAGACGUGGACUCCAGACGCGCUGCACAAAGCCACGGACGCUGGAGAGCUGUGGUUGCGUGUCUGAAAUUCACAUCUGACCAGGCGGAUCAGCCGGCUCUGGCCCCAUCCCCUGGAAGGGUGUGUGCCAGUGGCCUUGGAAACCGCCUCUCACCCGGGCUGUCCCC